GGGAAACUUCCAGAGACCAUUUGUAAGGGAAACCGCGAACAGUGAGUCUCCAUGGCCGUUCCAAAUGUCCACUCUCCAUUCCAGCUUCUUCUUCCCACAACAACCAGUUGAUCAAGCUUUCUAUUUCUGCUGCAAUGGAGAUUAUGAUGGAGAAGAAGAAGAAGGAUCCAGGCCAAGAACUCAGAACCAUCAAGCUAUUCUGCACUUCACUCUCCACCAUUGCUCCAUUCGUUGCAUCGGAGGACCAGUGCAUCGAUAUCGGCUCCAUAGCUACCAUUUUCGGCCUCGAGCCCUCAACUGUGAAACUCAAUGGUCACUUCCUCAGCCGAGGCCUCGAUCUCGUCUCCUCUGUUACUUGGAACUCUCUUCUCUCUUUCUUCUCUGCUAAACGGCUGCCUACUGGAGGCUCCGAUGAUGAUGCACUCGUUGUUGAUGGAAAGCUCUCUAAAAUUGGCGUCAAGAGAGCUCACUGCCCUCAGGAAAUUGCAAAUGGGGAUUGUUGCGAGGCUGAUGAAGAAGAUGGCAAUCUUAAUGGUGGAAGGCUAAAACCAGAAAGCAACCUGGUCAAGAAUAAAAGGUUGAAGCAUAUGAACUCAGGAAGCAAACGCAUAGAUUCUCCAGUAUCGAAAUGUAGUCCCAAUGAUUAUAGAAGAAAACAACACAUGGAAGAAGUCCUCUUGCUCAAGAAAUUGAAGUUAAACGAAACUAAAUCAGGUUUCGACGAAUUAUCCGACGCAGGCAGAGAAAUAAACAACACGGCCAAUGGCUUCCCACGUACAGCAUGUUCGUGUAGCUAUAAUAGUAAGAAUAUGAAAAGGAUGAGAGAAGAUGAGGCUCUUGUUCCUGCUUUCUGCAAGAGAACCAAAUAAACACAUGGCUUUCCCAAGCCAAUCCCCACCUCAUUUGUUCAUAACUUUUAUUUGUUCAUAGUUUUCUUUUGCUUGUUGAGGUUUGUAAAUGUGAAGAAAGAAAAUGGUGGCUAUGUUCUAUGUAUAGGUUUGUACUGAAUUGUACUUUUGUUCACCAUCUUAUAAAUAUGCUUUGGGAAGUUACAUAAAAGCUGCCAUUUAUAAGCUUCAUAGAAAUCAUUAAAAUGCUCUAACAAGCUGAAA